CCGUCAGCCGAGUGCCGACAUCUGCACUAGUGUCCCCUAUCUCCCUAAUCCCAAUUUGGCAGCUGGCUAUGGGUUUUGCGUUGGCAUUACAUGCUAGUUUAAAAAUUAAUUUUAAGUUUAUUUAAGUUUUGUGUAUAAAAACGAUAAUUUAUUAGUAAAAUAUUUAUAAUCAUAUAUAAAAACGCUUGCGGCUAAGUGGUUUUCGAUAUAAAAAUGAUAUUUGUUCGCCAAAGCUAAAAUAUUUUGUAUUCAAAAUGAGGGAGGCAAAUUAUGAAACACAAAUAGAUUUUAAUGAGGACAAUCAAACAUUAAGUUCUCAGAGCACAUUGAACCAAUGGAACCUUAAAGCCAACAGUGGUCACAUAUUGAGUCCAGAUCAAGUGUAUCACACAAAAAUUAUACGGAGAUGGAAUCGACUCUCUCGAUUACAGCGGUCAAUAGUAUAUGCUGUUGUUGUAAUAGCAGCUACGGUUUUAGUACUGUUUUAUUCAUCUAAAGUGUCAAUAGGUCCUGAAGACAAGACAAAUGAGAUAUUACAGGAGCCGAUAAGAAACAUUUCUCUAAGCAUUGAAUCGGCUGCAGAUGUUGCUUUACCCAAGACAAUUGUAGAUACUGAACAAAAUGAGAAAUUGGUUUUCACAGGACCCAAAAAUUCACGGCAAUCAGCUGUCGUUGAGAGUUUUAGGCAUGCGUGGAGGGGGUACAAGGAGCAUGCCUGGGGGCAUGAUAACUUGAAACCUGUGUCCGGGAUGGCCUUUGACUGGUUCUCACUCGGACUCACCAUUGUCGAUGGAAUGGACACAGCAUAUAUCAUGGGAUUGAAUGAAGAAUUUGAAGAAGCCAAAGAGUGGGUAAAAAAUGAUCUUGUAUUCACAAAGAAUAAAGAUGUGAACUUCUUUGAGGUCUCCAUCAGGAUACUCGGCGGUCUGCUUUCAGUUCAUCACUUCACACAAGAUAAAAUGUUUUUAGAUAAAGCAGUCGAUCUCGGAGACCGACUAAUGGCCGCAUUUUCGUCGCCCUCUGGCAUUCCUUAUUCGGAUGUGAACCUGGGCACCAGGACUGCCCACGCGCCGGAGUGGUCUCAUUACAGCACCACGGCCGAAGUCACUACAGUGCAGCUGGAGUUCCGUCAGCUUUCCAGAGCUAGCAAUAAUCCCACUUUUGAGGAUGCCGCAGCUGCGGUGUCGGAAAAGAUUCACCAUUUGCCAAAGAAACAUGGUCUUGUGCCAAUCUUCAUCAAUCCCAACACUGGUCAUUUCCUACCCCACGCCACAGUCACCCUGGGAGCAAGGGGUGACAGUUACUACGAAUAUCUCCUAAAGCAAUGGCUGCAAACCGGAAAGACUAUUAAUUAUUUGUUGGACGAUUAUUUGACCGCUAUCGAGGGUGUGAGAGAGUUCUUAGCGAAGCGAUCCUCUCCUAACAAGAGACUGUUUAUCGGCGAACUGUCUGCAGGAUCUGAGGCUUUCAAUCCGAAGAUGGACCACUUGACGUGCUUCCUGCCUGGUACGUUGGCUCUGGGCCAUUCCAACGGGCUGCCUGACUGGCACAUGACCAUGGCCGAAGAACUGCUAUAUACUUGCUAUUUAACGUACGCCGCUCACCCGACAUUCUUGGCACCUGAGAUUACACAUUUCAAUCUAGCGAGCACUACCGAAGAUAUGUAUACGAAAACCGCGGACGCUCACAGUCUGCUUCGACCGGAGUUUGUGGAGAGUCUCUGGUACAUGUACCAAAUUACUGGCAAUACUACGUACCAGGACUGGGGUUGGCAAAUAUAUCAGGGUUUCGAGAAAUACGCCAAAGUGCCGAACGGCUACACUUCCCUCGCAAACGUGAAGUCUGAGAAGCCCAUCCCGCGCGACAUGAUGGAAUCAUUCUUCCUAUCGGAAACACUUAAGUACCUGUACUUAUUGUUUAGCGAAGACAGGUUUGUCAUAGAUUUAUCUAAGUUCGUCAUAAAUUCUGAAGCACAUCCUCUGCCUGUUCACAAGCACUAAUGUUUAUCUCAAUUGUGUGUGUUGGGUUAUUGUCACUUUAGAAGAUAGAUGAUUGUAGAUAAGUCAGACUUAAUCAAAGAUUAGUAUGGUAUUCAUAAAGUCGUUGUAGGUUGUUUUGGUUCGGUAAAUUGUUUUUGUUUUAAUUAUUUUGUUUACAGGGGAUGUGCAAUAUCUUGCGACACCUUUUUGUUUAGAUCGAAAUUAUGUGUGUGUUUUAUGAAAGAAAAAAAUAUAUCUCAUUCUGGAUUGUAAGAGAGUAGAUACGUGUAAAAUCUAUAUAAACCUGUAUUCGGUAAACUUAUCACAUAAACUUGUAAACAGCCGGCAUUUAUAGUUUGAUAUUAUUUCUAAUUUGUAUUAAAUUAUGUGAAAAAUAUUUAUAUUCGUACUUUUUCGGCCUAUUUUUUCGGGCCUCAAGUGAGUUACUUAAAUUAUAACGAAUUAUUAGUUAUAAACGACUUAAUGUAUAUUAUACGGAGCGGGUGAUAUAUGCAUAUAAUAAAUUUCGCAUAUUUUACACUUAUAAUAAGCCUUAUUUUUAUGGGAACAUGGACUAACAUACUGCUAAUGUACACAGUGGCGGCCCUGUAUUUACUGACUUAGUAACGUUUUAAAUACCAAAAAAUAUGUAAUAAGACACUUGUUGCCAUAUUAGGGUGUGCUAAGAGUUUCGUCUACUGCCAAUGUUAGGUUACGACGGCCUCGCCUUCGCUUAGACCUCGCGUAUUUAUACAUAAGCAUGCCAAACUACACCUAGCGUCUGGUGCAAUACCAAUUUAUUCUCGGUAACGUAGAUCCAGAGACUUCGGGGAAUGUUAGCAUUUUUAGAUUUUUGUGAUUAGACAGUCUAUUGCUGGCAUGCGUAGAAUUGAUGGUUGCAUUACGAUUUCUAUAUGGCAUCGCUUAAGAUCAUAACACUAUAUUUAACCGUAUCGGCCAUUGACGGGGGUGGGGUGUCCCUCACACUUAGACGAAGGAUUUGGUGCGAAGACAAGGGAUUGUCUUUAGAUUGCCACCCCUUUAAAAAUACCUCUCAAGCAUAUUUUCUAGAAAAUUGUUGGAAUAGUGCACGUUUUUUUGUUUAUAAAAUAAGGAUUUAUCUAAUUCACAGAACUAAUAUCGAGUAAACCGUAGAACUUAAAGUGAAUUGUGGCGCCAAUAUUUUAUGGUCACAGAUUAUAAAAUUGUCUAUACUGCCAACAAUAGAUGUAAAUACUAGAAUAAGCGCUGUGAAAACUAACACCCGGAUGCCUUACACUUUUCUACCGUCUACCAGGGCCGUCUGACUGUACUCCAUAUAAAAGCAAUACAUUUAUCAUCAUAGUUGUCUAUAGUCUUUUAUCUCGGCUUAGGAUAUUAAACAUAAGCAUAGAGACGUUUAUAAUGUAACUAUAGUACUUUCGUUUACUUAAUUCAAUUUAGUUCAUUUGAUUCCAUCCAUUCGGUAAAUUAUUACUUAGAUAAAAUAUAAAGGAUAUAAUUUAUACGUGAAAAUAUAUGCGAGUUAAUUUACUCGUUAUAUAUUGUUGUCAAAGUUAGGAAUUUGUAAGUUUUUAAUUUUCAGCAAAUACUACAUGCUAAUUCGUCAUACAGUUCAAUCAUAAAGAGAGAGAAUUAUCGGCUAUGCGCAUAUUCAUAUUUCCGGAAUAAUUUCUUUAAUAAUAGCAAUAAUAUUUAUGACUGACACACUCAUUUACACUACAUUAUAAAAGUGAGAUAUUAAGUCGUGAUAUUCAAAAAUCAUUUCGGAGAUACAUAAUAAGACUACAAAUAGAUUUUCUAUCGGAUUGUUUUGUCAUAACGACAAACAUUACGUCAUAUUUUAUUAUAAUUAAUAAAUAAUUAUAAAUAACAUAACGAAAAAAAAUACAAAAUGGCGAUCUGAUUUUAUAGUCUCUUUUUCUAUUGUAUCUGCUCUUAUCGAUUACUUGACAUUGGCAAAAUCACCGAUAAAUAAACGGUGGCAGUCAUAAUAUAAAAUAAGAAGAAGAAAUUACAAGACAAAUGCAAUGUGGUUGCCCUUUGAUUCAGUGUAAUUUUCUUAAGUUGAUUAUAAAUACGAGAGAUUUACUUAUAAUUAUACCUAUAUCACUAACCAGUGUUUAACAAAUCGCUGUUGUAUCUUGCCUGAAUUUAAAUUAAAAAGAGGCAAAUCUCUGUUUUAAACACGAUUUAAGGAAAUUAAACGGCAUGUGAUCUUUUUUAAAAUCUUUAUUUAAGGAGCUUGGUCGUAAAUUCACGAUCACGUCGCUUCGUACGUCCGCUAACACCAGUGUUCGCUCACUUUUAAUGUUUUCAAAAUAAAAUCAAGUUUUAAUUAAUAUAAAUUGACGUGUAGCACUUUGCUUCACAACGUUAUCGUCCAAGUUUUUAAAUUAUUAUUUUUUAUCUUAGUUAUACUAUUUAGAAUAUUUUGCAAUUAAUAAGUAACGUUUGAAAAUCCAAGUGAUAGAAAAUUCGGUGCAUAAUUGUGACCAAAAAGUUAGAAGGCUGUCACAUUUCAAUGAUUUAAUUUUUUACUCGAUUUAAAUAAUUUACGAUGUGAAAGUAUUUCGUUCUUCGUAUUGCAAAUUGAAACUAUUUAAGGAACAUACGAUAACAUUAAAAUGUGUUGGCAAUACGUCGCAGUUUAUAUACGUACUACUGUGUAUAUACGUGGCACUUCUAUUUCCGCAUGACCUACAGAAAUUGAAGUGCUGAAACCUAAUGAUAGUCUCUUAAUGCUUCGAUCAUAAAAACUUUUAUGCGUGACAUUUACAUAAAUUUGAUAACCAUAUUAUACUCAUAUUAUACAGGCAGUUUAGUUCUUUAAUUAUUUGCCUACGAAUACAUACUUAUAUCACUAACAUAGUAUGAUAAAAGCCACAAAGCAAAAAAUAUAAGUUUAUAAAAUUAUGACUUUUCUGACAUUGAACUAUUUUAAAAUAUCAUUGUCAAAAAAUAAGUCAAAAUUGUUGCUACAAAUCUUCGUUGUAGGACAAGUUAUGUUCGUACCAAACUAUACUUUUCUCGAAGGUAGAUGUUCGACGAUAAUUAAUAACUUUUAUUGUCCGUGUAAAUUAUUUAGCAUCUAGCCAAGGGACAUUAACAUGAAGAACGUAGUGACAAAUUGUUUAAUAAUCUAAAAGUAUACUUAAUAGUCAUGUGUCAAAUAUUUCGUGAAAAUUUCGAUGAUGAUUGAUCAGCAACACGCCGUCCCGUACGAUGUGUGAUAAGGCGAACUCUACAAUUAAAAACAAGACAAGUAAAUAAAUUAUCGUAAGUUAUUGUAAAUUAGGGACGCUGUUAUAAAUUAAUAUUACAAUGUCGAACACCGUAAAAUAUGAAUCUAAGCAAAGUAUGAAUGUACCAAUUUUUCAAAUAUAUGUCGCAAUAUGUCAACCAAUGUGAUCAAUAUGAUCAGGUCAUAUAACUGAUGCCUUAUUAUUAUGCUUGUAACAGUAACGUACGUAGCUAAUAAAAGUGAGAUGAAAUUAGAUUAAGUUACUCGGAAUUCCACUUGCAUCAACAAAACUGAGAUUCAACAACAAUAAUAACAUGAUCAUUUCGACACAGGUCCACUCGAUUUAAUUUUGUUGAAGUGAGUGGCCGUAACGAUUUUUAUCAAUAUUAAUAACAAAAUUUAAUUUAAGACAACAGUAUGAUGUAACAAUGUCUUCCUGUUUAAUAUUUUAUGGAUUUUUUGAUGUUCCCAAAUCUACAACAUGAACAGAAUGGCUUUUGAGUGUAUAGCAUAAACUAUUCGGCAAUCAUCUGCAUAUUCUAUUGCCGAUCAUGAACGGAAUAGACGGUGCAAAAAAUGUGAUCUGAAGAUACUAAGAGAACUAUUCUGCCAAUAGUGAAUCUAAAAUUGAUGAUGAUGAUGAUGAUAAUAUUCGAAUUGUAAUCAUCAAAACUGAUAUCCAGAAAACUUGAGCAGACGUUUUCUGGAUAUUAAUUAGGCCCUACGACAGAUGGCACUGAAUUGCACAUCAUGCCAAACUGUCCACCAAAACUGAGGCGUGUUGUGUAUGAAAAAAUAAAUCGAUAUGAAGAAAUGUCAAGUAAGACUAUUACACACAGUAUUAUGUAGCAUUUUUAAGUCUACGUUUGCGAUGUUGCUACGUAUCACAAAAUUGUGAAUAAUUUGGGGCUAAUAUUUUAAUAGUCAUAUUCUGUUAAUCGUAUUACUUUGACAUGGUCUUUUUUUAAUUCGAUAUGACCUCAAUUGAAAGCCAAAAUAAAAAAUUUCGUCCGAUAAAUGACCAUUGAGAUAAUCAGCCCGUUAAGGUUUAUGAUUGCUGUACUAUCUCAAUGUAUAUUGUAAUGAUACAUUUCUAUAUAAUGUACUAUAUCAUUUGCCAAUAUAAUAAUAUGUGGAUAGUCGACGAAUCAAUAUUAUCGCUAAUAGAAAUGCCAUUGUUAUAUUACUGACUAACUUUGAAUCAUUCGUUAACAACAUAGAGUUAGCAAAAACAUUGUUAUAUUACUGACUAACUUUGAAUCAUUCGUUAACAACAUAGAGUUAGCAAAAACAUUGUUAUAUUACUGACUAACUUUGAAUCAUUCGUUAACGUUACGUCUCGCAUUCUGAAUAUUAAUUUGUAAUGUCAUUCAUUCGAUGAAGUUCUAUUAAUUUCUGUCAAUCGUACAUAUAGAUUUAGAAAUAAAACACGAUUGAAUGACCUUUUGGCGCAUUCGUAUUAGAAUAGAAAACUCAUAUAAUAAUAUUUUAUACAAUUAAUACCUCUUUUAUAUUGUAUUGUUAUACAAUACAAUAUAAAAGAGGCGCUGGAAAGCUUUAUUCGAAUCCGAUAUACGAGUUAGAAUGUGUUACGAGCAAGAACUAUUUUGAACCGAUAUCGUGUAUGAUCGGUCACGUUCAUUCAUUCAAUAGUGAGAAAUUAUAAUAAUGUAUUAGUGAGUUAAAAUACGCACACAUGCACCGUAGUUAAUUAAGAUAAGUUAACUAUAAUUUGUACCAGCCCGAGCAGUGCCGCCUUAGAACUAUGACGUUUAUAUGGUACGUUGCCCAAGAUCAGCGCGCUUUUAGAAUGUAGCAAUAAAACAUGACACGACUCCGACUAAAUUAAACGACAUCGACUUACGAGUUGCAUUUUUUGGGACAUUCUAAACGGCUGAUAAUUUUUAAAAUGUGUAUUUCGAGUAGUUUUUUUGACACGUGGUAUAUGGAUAAACAGCUUUGCUCGGGCAGUGAGAUAAGUUAGACGACUAAAACUUUGAUAUAAUAAAUAUUAACUAUAAAUAUGUCUGUGUAUUGGUAAAGUGAAUCGAUGAGAUGUAUAAUUUUUAUAAAAAUUGCAAUAUUAUAUGUGUUAAUAUUCGGACUACUCGAGAUUAAUGGAUAUAAGGAGGGAGUAACGAACCAUGGUUUAAUAAUUAUACGUAUGUGUAACGGCAAAGAAGUUCUAAUAUUAACGCAUAAAAUAUUUACUUUGAAGUCGACGGAAAUCAUAGCUAAACAAAGACACGAUCUAUAGUUCGUAUCUUGCCUUUACAGUACUAAUUUUCUAUUCAAGUCCGAUGAUGAUCGGAUGUUCAUAAUAAUAAUCAUGUUAUUCUUAUUACAUAAGUUAACUGAAAUGUACAGAUAAUAGAAUUUGUAACGCUUUGUUGCCUUAUCAAUGUGAACAAUUUACACAUGUUACUCGAAAUAUCUACCUACAUACAUUUUGCUAAUCAUAUACAUCAUAAUAUUGGCUAGCAUUUCGCAAAUAUUCAGCAAUAAAUAUAAAAAUAUGUGUUAGGCAGAAAAAAUAUAUCCUUAUGUAAAACUAAGUAAUUGUAUCAUCUUUCUAAUAUUUUGGGUGUUUGCGAAUUUAAUACUAUAACUUCCAAUAAUCUUGUACUUUGGAUUGUCUCUAAUGCUAUAAUUUAUACUAUUAAAGAUUCAUUAUCAAUCUCUAUUUAUUGUAGUGUCGCUAUGACAGCGACAGUAUUUUAGUAAACUAGCCUAAGGUGCUAUAUAAGCAAAUGAAAGUGAGUACUUAUUUUACUUCGACCGAGAUAUUAAGUCCAGUUAAGUAUACAUUAUCAAUAUUCAAUAGGUGUAAUAGUCGAGUUAUAAAAUAAUAUAGUUAUUAUCUUACAGUAAUGAUUAUGUGUCUAUAUACAUAUAUAUACUCGAUAUGAUAUAGGUACUAUCUUUAAUAUAUUUGAGAAUAUUAAAUUUUGAAUCCUUCAUUAUCGUUACAUAUUUUAUAAUUUUUAUUCACUAUAUUGUUAGAUUCGAAAACUUUUAUAUUGAUAUUUUUUCCAUAGGUUUCUAGAUAAAUUACAGAUCAUUUAUUUAUAUUAAUUUUGAUUUAUUUUUACGUGUGUUGAAAUAUAACAUAACUUAUAAUUAUGGAAAAACUUAAUAUUAAGAAUGUAUUAGAUGUGUAUAUACUUAUUUAUUUUAAAUAAGUACAAUAUACUAAUUUUCUCUUUUCUAUUUAUAAGUAUUACAUAGUGAUAAAGUGAUUAUUCUAAUGUAUUAUAAUUUAUACUAUGAUACCAAAAAAGUAAAAAUAAUUUUCUAAAUUCAAUGUGAUCAGGGAAUUUUAUAAACACAAAAAAAUCGAGUGAGUAUAUUAAUAUUAGCAGUAUAAAUAUUAUUUAUUUUUCUGAAAAAUAUUUAGUUACCAAGAACCUAGUUUGGAAUUACUUGCAUAUGCGCUGUCAGAACUACAUGUAUCUUAAUUGGGGUAACGCUAGGAAGUAGGUAAUAUGACCCAUUUUUGUUUAAUAAUAAAUAAUUCACAUAAGAUAUUAUAACCACUUCUUUAUUAUAGGAUAAUAUUUGGAAUUUUAACAUUUGGCUAAUUCUAAUUCACAUAGAAACUACCACCCUUUUUAUGAUUUCUUUUUGUACUUAAAAUGAGGGUAUAUGAUGGUGGUCGUUGGUUAAUGUAAAUCAUUUAUAUUACUAAGUGCCCUGUCGUAUUUUUUAUAUAUCUUUGCAAAUUAAUAAACAAUUAUUCGUUUUUUUAGGAACAAUAAAACUUUAAAUUAAUUUAGCCAUUUCAGUCUUCUAGUUUAAUGAGAUUUAAAAUAAUCAUCACUUUAAAUAUUCAACCCAGUUGAAGUAAAAUUUAAUGUUCUAUAUAUAAUUUGUAUGAAAAUACUAGAUUAUUAUCAAUUUUGCCAAAUUUCUUCAAAACAUAUCCAGGCCAACAACUUAUGAAGUAUUCAUCUGAAUUUCUUUGUCAAACAGGAUGUAUUACUUAGUUUCGCCCUAUAACUAGCUAUUUUAAUAUGCUUUGAAGUUGGGUGGGUUUUAGAUGAAUAUCAUUUGAGCUCGGAGCACACAUAAUUACAAUUUAAACAUGUUUCAACCUUAAUUGCAACUUCAAUCAAAUUCAUCAUUUUGUUGCUCAUUCUAUUGAAAGAAUUAAAUAGGCGAUUUAAAAACAUCAGAUAUUAUAUUCAAAUGUUAUAUGAAUUAAUGUGGUUUGUUUCAUAGACUAGUCCAAUAUUACGUAUACAUAAUAUACAGUAAUCUUAGGAAAACUUAUCUUUAUAUUGUAGUAUUUUAACGUGCAAACUACAUUAAUCGCCGUAACAAACGCUGUAUACUAUGUAAUAUUAAGAUUUUUUGUCUUAUUAGGUUGCAUGACAUUUACGGUCGAGAAGCAAGAUUUAAAGUUGUGUAAACAAUGUGUAUGUAUAACUAUGAUGGACGUACAUUAUACGACGUUUAUUAGAAAGGCCCUCAUAGAAUUUUUAGUAUAAACUAUCACUGUUUUCUCAUAAAAUAUGGACUAUGCACAAUAUAUUUACCUACUAGUAAAAGCAUAAAAUUUAAGAAAUGUACUGUUUCACUUACUGGGGCUUAGACAGCAUUUAUCUUUUCAAUUUAAGCUAUAGAAUUGAUAAGUUGAGGUUAUUUCAUAUUGGUUGUAAUAAAUGUGACAUUUACAGAUUUA